CAACCUACCUCCGGUUGCCAUUCUCUCAAAGUAUUCGAUUCCCAAAAAAAGCUGAACUGUCUUUCACCUCCCUCUGGAUCCUCACUAGAAUGGCAAAAGGACAUCAUUGAGGAAGAACCUAUAAUUGGUGACUGUGUUGUAUUUGAAGAUGGUAUCUUUGAAGACCCAUACCUCCAAGGUGAAACCAACCUCGACAACUUUAUUCCACCUAAACGCAAAGGCAAAAAGAGGUUAGAUGAAGUUGAAACUGAAAACUUAGUGCCAGAAAAUUGGAGAGAGGUGCAAGCAGAGAUUAACAUUACAAAGAAAGAUAGGCGCAAGAUCGCACAGGAAUUAGAGUUUGGUCGCACAGUGGAGAAGAAAAAACAAGGUUACCUGCCUUUAAGGGCUGUGAAUUUAGAAGAAUAUAAAGCUUACAAGGAGGCGAAGUUGGCACAGUUGAAACCAGUGGUUCUUGACAGUCCUUCUAGUUUUCAAGCGAAAGAAGAGGAUGAGGAGGCUAAUGCAGGCGCAGAAAAAGAGUUGCAAAGUGAAAGAGCGGUGCCACGGAAUCCAAGAUGGGAAGUUUAUGGGAGGGGCUUGGAGGAUGUUACUGAAUUUUUCAAUAGUGGAAACUAUGAACCUGGUAAAAAAACUGAAGGUCCACGCAAGCUGUUUACUAAGGAAGAAAAGGUUCUGCUGAACGGACGGAUUCCUGACCUGGCUGCUGCCACAUCUGACAAAUGGCUACCCUUACACACAUUGGCUGCAUCAGGAGAGUUUUACCUUAUGAAUGCUUUGCUGAAACACAAUGUUGAUAUCAAUGCUGUAGAUAAGGAUGGUUUGAGUGCACUUCACAAAGCAAUUAUAGGCAAGAAGCAGGCAAUUAUGAACUAUCUUUUGAGAGAAUCUGCUAAUCCGUUUAUGUGCGAUAAGGAAGGGGCUACAUUGAUGCACUAUGCUGUCCAAACAGCAUCGAGUCAGGCGAUAAAGAUUCUUCUUCUGUAUAACAUUGACAUAAACCUGCAGGAUAAUGAUGGAUGGACACCAUUGCAUCUUGCUGUCCAAUCUCGACGAACUGAUGUGGUGAGACUUUUAUUAAUCAAGGGAGCUGAUAAGACAAUAAAAAACCAGGAUGGCAUGACUCCGCUCGACCUUUGUCUACAUUCUGGCCGAGACUUGAGGACUUACGAGCUCAUCAAGUUACUGAAGCAGCUUCCCAAGUCGCGUCCAUCAUGCCGUGAGAGUGAAUGAAGCUCUCGAUCUCAAGGGCAGUCCUUGAAGAUGUCUUCCUCAGGAAAGAGGCAAAAAGAAGAAAAUGCACGCGCAUCGCAGGCCACAAGUACAGGUCCAGCACGAGGCAAACGCAGCUUGCUCUUCGACAUCGGACUACUAAUUUGAGCUGAUAGCCAUCGGGCAAAUGUUCUCGGAAAGCCCUUGUGCCUGUGCAGGAGCAAGACGGUAGCAGCUCUCGCUCCACGUCAACAGACAAGUCGAAGAAAAUAUAUUCUUCUUGAUUCUUUAGUGAGAAGCUGCCAAGACUUAAAACGCGCAUAUCCUGUUCUGUAAAUCUCGUCGGUCUUCGACUUAAGAUGAUCUUAUCCAAUGUAAUCGUUCACGGUAUUUUAGCAUCAACGUGCAUGCCGGGCAUCCAGAGGGCGUUAUAAAUUAAUCCUACAUGUUGGAUGGUGAAGAGUUGUCGAUCU